CGUGCGGGUCGGAUGACGACGAACGCGACGCGAUAGUCUCGGACCCGGAGCAACCCUUACCCAGUCUCUCUCUCUCUCUCUUCCCCUCUCUCUGUCUGUCUGUCUGUCUGUCUAUCCUUGCUGAACGAGCGUUGUACAUCAGCAGCGUCGUGUCGCGCGGCCGUUCGCUCGCUCUCACCGCCGAGCCUCGAGGGGAUUCAAGUGCACGAGGAGUUCGAUCGAGCUACGUCGUCGUCGUCGUGCGUCUCCGUCUCUCUCCCUCUCUCUCUCUCUCUCUCUUUCUCUCUAUACCUCUAUUUCUUCCCCCUUCUCUCUCUCUCUCUCUCUCUCCCCCGCGCUCUGUCCACGUCCGGUCGCACUCUCGUGGGUCCUCGUUUCGAGCAACCCCCGUCGACCAAGCGACCGACCGACGGAGACGACUGACUACCGAUCAGCUAGCCGACCGCGAUCGAGCGACCGUCGUUGGUGGACGCGCGAGUACAUGUCGUGAUGCCGCGGGGUGAACGCCGCGGGUCGCCGAGAGGACUCGCGGGUGCCAAGGGUGCUUCAGUCUCGUCCUGACGAUACCAGCCUACGCGCGUCGUCCUCGAUGGACGCCAGUGGUGGUGUCUAGAAUGAUCAUGUUCGUGUGAGUGAGUCCGCGGGAUCAUCGGGUCCAGCCGCGGAUGGAUCGUGGAUACGACUUUAGAGAUUGUGCUCGCAGCUCUCUGUCGGUCCUGCUGCAUCAGGCAGGUGUAUCCGCGAGGAUCCGCUGAGUAGUCUCGGCGAGGCGGAGAGGAUAAACGCGAUACAGCGACGUUGCACACGCGACCCCCCGUGACUCGCCGCGCGCGCGUCUCAUCUCCUGCGAGAGCGCAAGUGUGUGCAGCCCGUGUAACACGUGUGUGACAGUUACCCGUGGGAUACGCGUCCGUGGAUUCUACGUUCCUCCGGCCACGACACAGCGGCGUUUUGUGCGGGAUUAUAUACACGCACACCGUAUAUACGCAGUGCACGCACACACAUAUACACGCGCGGAUAUAUACACCGCAUACUCUCACUCACUCACUCACUCACUCACUCACUCACUCGCGCACGCACACACGCAUACACACACGCCAGCUCGCGCGUCAGUGGUUCUUCGUGCGAGUCCCGACGAAUUCGUCGCCGAGGGAUAUGUCGGUAUAGUGUCGGCGCUACCACGGAUCUCGGAGCUACGCGCGAUGGCCGGAUACUCCAGUGCGCUCGAUAGGGAUUUUACCCUGGCACCGAGGAUGCGGCGAUCCACGAUCGAUGCCGCCCGGGCCGCCGACGGAUCCUCCGGGGGAUGCGCGAUAACGAGGCCACCUGUGAGCUUCCGAUUACCGCCCGCUGCGAAAAAGCCGUUCUGCAAGACGAACAGGAGCGCGAGUCGAAAAAUCGAGCGAAGAACAGCGCCAUUCAUAAUUUGCCUGUCGUUGCUGAUGGCGACGGGAGCGAAGACAGUGGCGGCUACGAACAUGACAAACGCAUCGUUCACAGCGUCGACGGCGAAGCCGUUUACAACGACGGAAGUAGUUUAUCAGCGAUUCGCCAUCGAGCCGAUGGAUCAGACCGCGGUGAUUGGCAGCCGGGUGACGCUUCCAUGCCGAGUGCUCGAUCAGAAGGGGCCCAUUCAAUGGACUAAAGACGACUUCGGCUUGGGAGCAGUUAGGAAUCUCACCGGAUACGAGCGAUACGCCAUGAUCGGCAGCGACGAGGAAGGCGACUUCUCGCUGCACAUAUACCCGGUGGAGCUCGAGGACGACGGCACGUAUCAAUGCCAAGCUUCGCCGACGAACGACGGGCAGCCGGCGUUGCGAUCGCGAUUCGCCCGGCUGAGCGUCCUGGUGCCGCCGCAGAAGCCGAAGAUCGUGCAGGGCGACUUCCUCGUCACCACCGAGGAUCGCGAGCUGGUGAUCGAGUGCAUAAGUGCCGGCGGAAAACCGCCCGCGGAGAUCACGUGGAUCGAUGGACUGGGCAAUGUGCUUCAUCGUGGCAUCAAAACCACGAAGGAGCCGUACGAGAAUGGCCAACUCUACACGGUGAAGUCCGUCCUGAGGGUAAUGCCACGGAAGGAGCACGACAACACGACCUUCACGUGCCAAAGCCAGAACGCGGCGGAUCGCACGCCGCAAAACGCCAAACUUCGCGUCGAGGUACGCUACGCGCCGAAGGUGUCCCUCUCGAAGAUCGAUCGCAUCGUCGAAGGCGCCGAGCUUAGGUUCCGAUGUUGCGCCGAGGCCAAUCCAGAAGUGCAGGAGUACAAGUGGUUCAUCAACAAGAAAAAAGUGAUCGGGGACUACACCACGGAGAUGAUCAUUCACAACGCCACGCGCGAACUGCACGACGCGACUGUCAAGUGCGAAGUUCACAACGACGUCGGUAAAAGCGAGGAGAGCCAGACCUUGGACAUAAGAUACGGCCCGCAGUUUCGGCACCCGCCGGUCUCCGUGGAAACGCAUUACGGCGCCACGGAGGUCUUGCAGUGCGACGUAGACGGGAAUCCCACCCCGGAGAUCCUGUGGUUCCACGAGGACUCGGAACGAUCGGUCGCCAGCAGUCCGAACAUAAGCGUCUUUGUCAGCCCGGACACCGCCGGACGUUACUACUGCAAGGCCACCGUGCAAGGUUUUCCCGAGCUGACCGGCUACGCUAACAUCUACAUACGCGCCCCGCCGAGCAUAGUGUCGCAAAGGAUUCAGUACGUGCCUGACGAAGGAGUGGUCAAGGUUAAGUGCACCGCGAUAUCUGUGCCAAAAGCGGAGUCGGUGGUGUGGAGCUUCGCCGGUCGCGAGCUCAAUUUCACGUCGAACAAUACGCCGUUCUACGUGCAGGAGGAAUACACGGCCGAGAGGGUAAUCAGCACUGUCACCCUCCUGGAUCCCAUAUCGACGUACUUCGGAGAUUACAACUGCACGGUCACGAACAGCUUCGGCACGGAUUCCGUCAUAAUCAAGCUGACGGCACACACGUUGAUUCCAGUCGAUUGGCAGCUGAUUUUGAUCAUCGUCGGGCUGGUUGUCUGCGUGGUCCUAAUUGGCGUAAUAGUCAUACUCAUUCUACAAUGUCGCGAUCGUAUUAAGCAGCCACGACCGCGGACGGCGCAGGCUCAGGAGACCGAUAUGCAGGAAACCGACUCCAAUGCCGAUCGAUACAGAGAAAGCGACAGGAGCAGUAACCUCUCGGAUGUCAAAGCGGACAUUCGAGCGGGAUCCAGUGUCAGCAACGCAGAAAGUGUCACAGCUCUUGACAGCGAAGGCGAAGGAAGUACGAGGGGGGUGAACGCCUUGGCUCUUGCCGGACCGGUGCCGAAUCCGCUGGGUUAUCGUUACAGCGCUGAUUACACCGAGCCCUCGUUCCCGCCGAAAAAUAACGAUGGUAGUAACAACAAUGGUUACGUGCCAUACGUUGACUAUACACGCGAUUAUAUGCCACCGACGACACAGGGCAUAGGCGCGUCGCGGGAGUCCUUGAGCAGGAUACCGUCGGGCGGUAUUCUGGCGUCGAAAAAGAUCGGCCUCAGCUCGGCCAAUCUGGGCGCUUCGACCCCGCAGACGACGCCGGUGAUCGACCCGCGAUUUUCCGCAACGUAUGGCAAUCCCUACCUCAGAAUGUCAGCGGCCGAGCAGCUCCGACACGCGCCGCACACAGCCGUGCCGGGAGUCACGCCAGCACCGCCGCCCUACACGCAGGCAAUGAGAAUGAAUAGCUUGAAUACCUUGAACGGCGCGGGCCCGCAGGUUGGUACAAUGGCUCCCCUGUCGGCGCACUACAUCACCGGCGGGCCGAACGGCGCCAUGGCGACGGUAAAGCGCACGUCCGCGGUGGGUACGUUAGCGACGCACGUAUGAGGCCAGGGGAUCUAUCCGAAUUAGAACCGUCGAUACUCGGGCCU